AUGGGUUGGCUCUGGGCCUCCUCUCCGUCGCCCCCGAAGCCGGCGCCGCCGGCUCAGGAAGACGCCGCCGCCACCACGACCAACAACAAGCCAUCCUCCUCCUCGACAGCUGCCCCCAACAACGUGGACCCCGAAGUGCAGAAAUUCCUCGACUUCCUCGACAACUCCUCCGCGCCCCAAUCCUCUAAGAAGCCCUCCCCACCGACGACCAAAGAAGAUGGCUCCCUGUCAUGGAUAUCCUCCAUGCUCAAGUCCUCCACCCCGGAAGACCCGAGCAUAGUACACGUGCCCCCGCGCGACGCCGUCUCCGAGUCCCUCCUCCCCACAGACAUGUCAUGCCGCCAGGCCUUCGACCUGGCAUGGGGCUGCAACUCGGUGGGCGGCCAGUGGAACGCCGUCUACCGCUACGGCGAGAUGCGCUCGUGCUCCGACCAGUGGGACGACUUCUGGUUCUGCAUGCGCACCAAGUCGUUCACGGGCCCCGCAAAGGCCGAGGCCAUCAAGGAGCACUACCGUGAUAGGGAGCACUCACGGUACUACGCCCCCGGCCGUAGGAGCAGCGAGGAUGUCUGGAAGCCCCGCGAGGAAAAGGUUGCUCCCGGCACGGCCUUCAGCCACAAGAUUGAGCUGCCAUCCUCGUCGACCGGCGGCGUCAAUGAUGACGAGUGGAGGAAGCAGGAGAAUGAGCGCAGGAGGCAGGUCAGGGAGAAGCUGGGCGUGGAGGAACCUACACCGUCGCCCUCGUCGAGUUAG